AUGGCAUUUGCGCGAGCCACACCCCACCAAUAUUUCCGGCGCCAAUCACGUCACGAUCAAAUACGCAUCUAUGGUAGUAUUUUAACCUUAGUAGGGCUUGGAGCGGUUGUCACGUGGAGGGGAUCGCCACCAACUAUAACCAAGAAACUCUUUGGAGAACUGGCUGUUCUCAGUCAGCUUUUCCUGGAUCCUCAGCACUACUCUACUCGCGGGCGGCCUGAUCCUUUGCCAGCCAGCUAUCAGGAUGGGAAUGAAGUCUUUCCUCGAGAGACGUUCGAACGGUCCUGCGACAGAUACUUGCUCUACCUGACGGUCAGUGAGUACCAUCGCCAGUACCUCGAGCAAGAACUAAACAAACUCCCUGAGGAUCAAAAGACAUGGGAGAAAUGUGAGACGACUUUCCUUAAAAUUGUCUUCACAGAACAAGAACACGUGCAUGCAUAUGGUGUCAGCGAUGACAACGAGAUGGCCAUAUCCCUCCUGACGGCCACAGUAAAGGCUUUCAUGCAUGACAUCAUGAUCAUGAGGUUACAAGUCCUCAAGCAAGAACCUGUGCUCGCCUUUAAGUCGAUUUCCGUGUUCACGAGGAUUCUGGGAGGGCUCACUGGUUCCCAUAUCCCACAAAAAACCGUCGGCAAUGACAAUCCGUCACCUUAUCGCCGUGCACGAGCGCCUGACUAUGAAAGGUUUAAUCCUAAGGGCAAAGCCCACAAUGAAGAGGCCAAAACAAAGCUCCUCUAUGACUGCUAA